CUGGCUCCUCCGCACGGCAGCAGCAGCAGCCUCCUCCUCCGCUUCCGCCGUCCGGCCGCACCUGCGCCCGUCUCCCCCUGGGGCCUCGUCUCCCACCAUGUGCACCGGCAAGUGCGCCCGCCUGGUGGGCCUCAGCCUGGUGACCGCCGGCCUGGCCUGCAUUGUGGCCAACAUCCUCCUGAUGUUCCCCAACAUGCAGCGGGACUGGACCCCCCAGAACAUCACCACCCAAGUGUGGCUCAUGGGGGGCCUCGUCGGCGGGGGGCUGAUGGUCCUCUGCACCGGGUGCUCUGCUGUGAGGGCCGGAGGGAAAGGCUGCUGCGGAUACGGAUGCUGCGGGAACAGGUGCCAGAUGCUGCGCUCCGUCUUCUGCUCCAUCUUUGGGGGGCUGGGGGGCUUCUACUGCCUGGUGGUGUCGUCCACUGCCCUGGCCGAGGGACCCUGGUGCGAGGCGAAGGACGGGACGUGGGGGUCGCCCUUCAAGGACCUCAGUGAGAGCUACCUGGGCAACCGGACGCUGUGGGAGGAGUGCCUGAACCCCCCCAACGUGGUGAUGUGGCACGUGGUCCUCUUCGCCAUCCUGCUGGGCCUGGGGCUGGUGGAGCUGGCGCUGUGCGGACUUCAGGUGGUCAACGGGCUGGUGGGCACCGUGUGCGGAGACUGCCGCAAAGACGAGGACCGGACGGGUGACGGGGGCCUUUGAGGGACCCUGCUGGGCUGGACCCCCACCCGCAACGCGCACACUCCGUCCAAGCGCCCCCCCCAACCGCAGCCCGUCCCCAUGCACUUCUCAUCUCUACGGUUUGCAAAAGUUGGAAUAAACCAGCUCU